UCCUGCCAGAGGUGCCAUGGCUCCUCCAAAUAUUCUUACACCAGAGGAUUUGGAAAUCUCUCUCUCUAUAUAUAUAAAUAAAAAUAAAAAUUCUCUGACUCUCUCUGUGUCUCUCUCUUUCUCUGUCUCUUUCUUACCCUUCUGUUGCUACAAAUUCCAUUUCUUUUGAUUUUGAUUCAGAGGAGUGGAAUAACCAAAGACAAAACAAAUCAUAGAGAGAAAGAGAGAGAUAAUCAGAGCUUAAAAUUUGUUAUAUAAAUAUAGAUUAUAAUAUGAACAAUAUCUUCUCUGUUUACAUUACUCAUAUUCCUCCCCUCAGAUCCUAGUUUCUUUCAUUUUCUCAUCCGGGUUCUCUUCGAACAUGGAGGACUCAAGGGUCUGCUUUGAUUGGUGUUUUAAGGAUCUAAUGAUGAUCUUUGAUUGGAUUUGACAAUUUCACACUUUCUUUUUCACUAGAUUGCCAAUAAGAUCCUAUCAGUUUCAUCACUUAAGUAGAAGAGAUGGAAUCAGAUCUUGGUAAGCUCUUCAUUGGUGGGAUUUCUUGGGACACAGAUGAAGAACGUCUCAAGGAAUAUUUUAGAAACUAUGGAGAAGUGGUGGAGGCAGUGAUCAUGAGAGAUCGAGCCACAGGUCGGGCUCGUGGCUUUGGUUUUGUGGUGUUUUCCGAUCCUGCUGUUGCUGAGAGGGUCAUCAUGGAUAAGCACAUGAUUGAUGGGCGCACGGUUGAAGCAAAGAAGGCUGUUCCUAGGGAUGAUCAAAACAUGUUGAAUAGAAACAGUUCCAGUAUUCAUGGUUCUCCUGGCCCUGGACACACAAAAAAGAUUUUUGUUGGAGGUUUAGCUUCCUCAGUCACUGAGAAUGACUUCAAGAAGUACUUUGAUCAGUUUGGUACAAUUACUGAUGUGGUUGUAAUGUAUGAUCACAACACUCAAAGGCCAAGAGGUUUUGGCUUCAUUACUUAUGAUUCUGAGGAAGCAGUGGGUAGAGUUUUACACAAAACAUUUCACGAACUGAAUGGAAAAAUGGUUGAGGUCAAGAGAGCAGUGCCGAAGGAGCCAUCUCCUGGGCUUGUCCGCAGCCCUAUGAUAGGAUAUAAUAAUUAUGGUCUGAAUAGAGCCACCAACCUCCUUAAUAAUUUUGCUCAAAGAUAUAAUCUGAGCCCGGUUGGAGGUUUUGGAGUUGGGAUGGAUGGGAGGUUUAGCCCUCUUCCUACUGGUCGGAGUGGAUUUUCUCCAUUUGGUUCUACUGGCUAUGGAAUAGGUAUGAAUAUGGAAGGAGGGUUGAGCCCAAGUUAUGGCGGGACUUCCAACUUUGGCAAUAGUCUAGGAUAUGGACGAGUACUAAGUCCUUAUCCUAGUGGAACUUCAAACAAGUAUAGCACACCCAUUGGAUAUUGUGGGGGUGCUGGAAGAAAUGAAUCCAUUUUGAGUUCAACAUCCUGGAAUGUCUGGGGAAAUGGGGGCCUUAAUAAUGCCUCAAAUCCUGCCAGCUCUGGUGCUUACUUCGGUUCUGGAAGUGGGAAUUGCGGAGUUUCAUUUGGAAAUAGUGAAGCCAAUUGGGGUCCUGUUUUGGCUCCCAGUGGAGGAAGUGCUCCUGGCUAUGCUGGUGGGAAUAUGGAUAUUGGAAGUGGUGAUGGCAGCUAUGGGCUGGGAGGAGGAAGGCUUGGAAGAAACAUUAGCACAGGUGUGGUUGCAACUUCGUCAUUUGCUGGGUCAACUGGUGGUUAUAAGGCCUCUUAUGGGGACUUGUACCAUAGUGGCUCAGCUUAUGGUGACUCAACUUGGCGGUCUGCCACUUCUGAGCUAGAUGAUUCUAGUGCAUUCAGUUAUGGGCUUGGCAGUAUAACAGCUGAUGCCAAAAGUUCUGAGGGUUUCGUUGGAAGUUACAAUGUUAAAAGUCGACAGUCAAAUAGAGGAAUUGCUGCGUAGGAGAUUUGUCUUUUGGAUAUCAAAAGGUACAUUGUAGGUAAAAAGAAUGAUGUCAAAUGGAUGAGGAUUGUGAAUUUAAUACGUCUCCCUCUCGUUGCAUUUCAACUUAUUAUGGAUUCAAUCUUAUAGCUUUAACGUGGGGUUCUUGAUUUGAAGUAUACACCACAUUCAGAGAUGCGGCAGUUUACAAGGGAUUUUGCGUAAGGUUUGAGAUUUGAUUUUUUUUUCUUCUGAUAUAGUGAAAAAAACAAAAACUUAGAUUUCUUUCUGGGCAUUUGAGUGAGGUGUAAAAUCAAAUUGCAGAAUAUAUACUCAGGAUGAUUGGACAAUUAACAUCUUACGCAUAAGGUUUGAGAUUGUACGUGAGGUAUUGCAUUGAACAGUAGAGUAUUAAGUUUCUGAUUUUUUUUUAAAUUUUUGGCUGCUGUAGUACUCAGCAAAGUUGCUAGUUCUUGUAUGUAUAAGUUUCCUCUUUGUCUGGGAUCGUUUUUUUCCCGGAUUGUACGUGAGGUUCUGUUUGAUUUUCUAGUGUGAAACUUUCUGAGGGAUACCUAUUUAAGAUCCCUUUCAAAUAAAGUAAUUGAUGUUUUGGUUCA